UCGGACUUUUCAAAGAAUCGGCACAACCAGGCCACAUCAUAUUUUCCUCCGAACUGCAGCUAAGAUAAGGUGGGUGGGACCAACUAGUGCUACUUGCCUCCAGCAGUUUGUGUCUUCUUUCGGAAUAUCGUGCGGUUUAUGCCAGUAAAGGUGUGUUGUGUAAUCACUAUUUGCAAGUUCGGUGUUCGGCUGUGUGUAAAAUUCGACUAAGAGAAAGUACAUCGGCAAUCUAGAUCUGUCCCCUGAUAAUAGUUACUCGAUAAUUCUAGCCGGUGGCGUAGCGCUACCAUUAAUUAGCUUCCGGAAAAGUCCGGGAGGAGAAAGUGGCAGAUGUGUGUACUGGCCAAGCAUUGGAGUUCCAUCACCCAGGAAAGGAGCGAGAAAUUUACGAGCGAUAUGGAAAAUAGUAAACGGGAUGCGUCUUUUUCAAAUUUUGCUCCUUUCGAGCCGCCAUGACAUCACUAAAUCACCACAAAAUUUGCUUAUGAGUUUAAUAUAUGGGAGCUGUCAAGUUGUCCCCGGCCUGAUCGAGAGUUUGGCUUAACGCUGGCCAUCUGAAAGUCGAAAUCCAGCGUCAUAUCGCGAAUUGAGUUAAAUUUUUUUCUGGGAACCAUGCUACAGCAACAAUGACAACCUAACCAAACCAAAUCAACUACACGCCUUUUGUGAAAGCCACGACGAACGAACUCGUACAGAUGAAUAUGUGUGUGUGUAAGUUUCUUCCCAUCAUUCAACUGCAGGUGGAAAAAUCGCAGUCGUCAGUCGAGCUAGAUUCUUAUACGCGGUUCUGCAAUGCAUUUCCAGCUUCGGAACGAGUGAAAAGUGAUUUUUAAAGUGAAAUCGAGGAUUCCAACGGGAAAAUAUAUUGAACGCAACAAUCAUUGGUCCUCCGCGGUCGGAAUUUCAUCGAAAAUCGAGUGUGCAAAACGCGACAAAGAAGGUGUGUGCGAAAAUAAGUUGGGCAGAGAAAAUUUUCGGGUUCUGUUGCGUGUGAAAAAGAACGAAAAAAAAUGUCCUUACAUUUCGUUGUCUGAUACCUAUAAGGCAAUGGUGGCCAACAGUGGUGUGUGAGAGACGACGUCGAACCAGUUUCAGCUUGAACGCAAAAAUCAGGUUUUGUGCAGUAAAAAAAUCUGUGCGAUGCAUAAAAAAUGCGCCGUAGUUCUGGUUAAGAUACGAAAAAUUAAAGUCGAAUAGUUCCAGUACCGUUUGUUUCCCGUAAAAGAAAAUAGAUUUUCAGUGUCGUUGCGCGAGUCUCGAAUCGAUCCACCUCAGCAGUUUUCCACUGCUUCGCGACUCAGCGCUGGGUGGCUUACAUAGAUUUCUCAGUUCCUGUCUGGUGACAAGAGUUUGGAUUCUCGUGAAGAUUCUGCCCCGUUCCGGAGAGGACCAGUUGGAAUCAUACACAUCCCAUUGGAUAGUCGCGCUGGGAGGAGGUUGUUUCUGAGCAUUUCACCGUGAAAAUUACACCAAAAUCUACAGUUCAACUACAGUGGGCACCUCCCGUCACACCACCAACACAAUCAUCACAAGCCAGUCGCUGUUGUUAUCAUCUGAUUUAUCUGUGAUAUUGUUACUCGAUCAAUUUGACGUAACGAGUAUUCUUCUGGGGGAUCUGACUCCGUCCUCAAAGGGUAAAGGUGCUACAUCCCCUUGGCCAAUAGUCAACAAAGUGUGGCGAUAGUGUUUAGUGAAUUAUUACGUUGAGCUAGAGAAACCGUAUUUCUCUUCGUAAUGAGAAAGAUGAACUUUAUGACAACACAAGUAAUUCCAUCUAGCUUUUGAAAGGACUUGUAGUGUGUUUUCACUGGGAUGUGCAACGAGAACUGUCAGGAGUAGAAUCAGAGUGGACAUAAACUGAGUUAGCAAACAGUCAUCUUCCGCAUUUAUGACUGAGUAAGCUCGAACACUGGAAGAAGAACAAAUCUACAAUCAUAAAUUCCGGAAAAAUGAAAUGCAAUAAUAUCAACUAUAAUAUUUAAGCGGAAAUGUCUGUUUCUGUGCAAAUUGUAUGAAAACAAAUCUUAUUUAACUAUAAGUGAUUGAUAACAUAAUCUAUCCCACGUGAAAUUCUACAUUUAACAUCCAACUCAAACGCAAAAAGUGCAUAUAUACCAAGAAUCUAUAUAUCUUCAAAGAAGAAACGAAUGAAAUUUUAGCGUCACCACGUCAAGUCAUUUCCUGUGAAAAUUACUACUGAAAAUAUAUCUGUGAGUGAACGAAUCAAUUUAGCAAAAAAAAGGUGUCCCAAUUGUGUACGAAGUUUACAAAGCCUAAGCAUGAAACUAAACUGACUCCUACACCGAUUUGCAGCAGCGGAUAUGGUAGAAUGUUAUCAACGUUUUGUCUGCUUUUAUCUGUGGUUUAAGCGUAAUCUAAAGCUAUAAGUAAUCUACUAAGUGUGAGCACGGCAAGGAGCAUGUGAAUGAUAAUAAUUCAAUCUGUGAACUAUGUGACUUCGGUGGUGAAGUGAAAAUCGAAUCAAUAUUGUGUUCCGCAACUGAAAUAAAAAGAACGGAAAGCUUUAUAGAAAGUGUUUGAACAAACUCAAAGAGACUUAACUACUAGUACACUAUAAUACUGCGCCCAAGAAAGAUACUCUUUGGCGUCGAGAAAAAAGACUGUUACCGACUGAAAAGAAAGUUAGUGGUUACUUUUGUAGGUCGAUACGGGUUUGACAAUAAAAAACCUGAGCGACAUGCCGUAACGUGAAGAAGCUGAACUGUUCCUAAUACCAAUGGCUUGAUAAAAAAAAAACAUUCCAAAAAGUACGCUACGCAAAAAACAACGGAAGUUAGUUACUCCCUAAAGAGUAUAUAAAAUGGGGCUACUACAAUGCCUAUUAACAAUUACUCAAUUCGAUACGAACAAGUCUGAAUACGCUUGAAGUGAACUGUAGGAAUGCUAUGAGAACAAUAGACAAUGUUGUGUUAGUGUGAAGAACGAAGCGUAAGCCAACUGAUAGUAUUGCAAGUGGAUUUUUUUGUCAAAACAUCAUCAUGGGUGCAAUAAUAAAAGCGAUCUCCGAUCGCAAGUCGUAUGAUCAUACCAUCAUUAUCCAAAAUAACUGCAGCAACAAAAACAACAGCAACUUCAGCCAUAAAGCAAAGAAAGUGAAUAAUGAUUAUACUGUGAAUAUGAUAUGUGAUUUUAUUGAUUACCUGAUUAAAUUUAAUGUUGAUCUUAGCAUAAGCGUAGAAAAAAUCGUUUUACUACAACAUCAGCAACAAUACACUACAAAUGACCAAAACUUAGACGGUAAGGCCAAACUUCAUUCUACCGCAGGCAAACCACAGUUUGUGGUGAAUGAUAUACCAGCAACAACAAUUACGGUUACACUGAGUGAUAAGAGAAAUUCGACAGAGUACACAUCAUUCGAUGAACUUUUGAGAUUAACUGUCCGACAGCGACAGCUUGAAGCGGCUGGAGUAAAUGUGUCUCGCUCACUGCGCCUCCGUGGGGGAGGUGAAGGUUCACUGAACAACGGAACUAGUGCUUGGGGAUCACCUCCAAGCAAUCCUAAUGCCAAUUCUUGGGGUGCAGUUGCUCAACAGCAGCAAGGUUGGGGUAAUGCAGCUUCCAAUGCAAACCAAAGGUCAGAGUUGAACAAGUCAAUCCAACCACUCCAGGGAACGGGUGCCGGUGGCCCAUUGGUUGGUCCAAACAAUGGCGGCAGUAACAGCUGGAAUCAAGUUGUUAAUCCGAAUAAGCUACCGCUUCAGCCUCCACCUCAGCAACAGCAGCAACCCCAGCAGCAGCCAAAUCAGCCAUCAUUAGUUGGCAAUCCCGCCAACAAUACCAAUCAGCCACCCCCAACUCAACAGCAAGCACAACAACAACAACAACAACAACAACCUCUUCCAGCCCCUGGGGGAAAUCCUCAACUCGUCUCACAACCAGGAGCUUCUGCACAAAGCUCAUCAUCUAAAUUGGAACAUCUGAACUCGAUGCGCGAGGCUUUGUUCAGCCAGGAUGGCUGGGGUUGCCAACAUGUCAAUCAAGAUACCCAAUGGGACGUCCCCGUUUCACCGGAACCACUCAAAGACGCACUAAAAACUACUUUCAACAAUGGAACUGAGCUCUGGGAAACAAAUCUACGCAACGGAGGUCAACCGACACAGCAACCUACACAAAAGACACCGUGGGGUCCAUCUAGCAACAUAGGAGGAACCUGGGGUGUUGAUGAUGACAGCAAUGCUGAAAAUACCAGUGUCUGGACAGGAGGAGCAGCUGGUAACGCAAAUCCGCCAGCUUCUGGACAACCGAACUGGAAUCAGAAUAACAAUGCUAUGUGGCCUCCAAACGUUUCCAAUGCUCCACCCAAAAAAGAACCUGAAUGGACUAGCAAUGUUGGAGGGGUUGGAAGUACGGGUGGAAGUAACUGGGAGAAUCGUGGAGCGACCGCUCCACCACCACCACCGCAUGUCGCUGCACCUCAGCUGGAUAUCGCUAAUGUGGACAUGCGAAACAUGCGUCCCCCCGGAGCCAUUGAGCCAAGCCGCGAGUUUCGUGGAGAUCCGCGUGGCAUUUCCGGUCGUUUGAAUGGCAGUUCCGGAAUGUGGGAUCAGCAUCCAAUGCCUAAUACACCACUCAACAAAAUGCCUCCACAGCCACCUAUGCUAAAUUCGGGUGCUGGUGGAAAUCAAUGGCCGAUUGGUGGUGGUGGUGGUCCACAAAACAUUCCUCCAUCUAAACCACAAACCGGAUGGGAUGAAGCUUCGCCGCCAGCCAGUCGUCGAAAUAUGUCCAAUUUGGAUGACGGAGCAUCACUGUGGGGAUCGUCAGCUAAUCCUAAUCGUUCCAAUGGACCAGACUCAAUGAUCCGGAAUAACAGAAAUCCGCUUGGUGCUAAUUCGGGACCUAUCGGGCCUAGCGGACUUGGUGGCCCAAGACUGGGUGGACCUAGUGGAAACCCAAUGAAGUCGGAUAAUAUGUGGGGUCAUGGAGGACCAGGUCCCAUCCGUAAUGGUUCUUGGGAUGAUGGAAAUGUUAGCAACUGGGAGGAGAAAGGUCCAGGACCACUUGGUGGUACGGGAGGUAGCGGUGGAGGAUCGACUUGGAAUGAUGGCCCAGGAAAUCCGCCGUCAUGGAACAGCAAGAAGCCAAUGGUUGGUGGUGCUAACGUUUGGCCAGAGACUUCCGAUUUGAUGGGAGGAGAAUGGGGAGCUGGAGUCGGCAAACCACCGAAUAAGCACAAUCCACAGGAUAUUAUUCGUAGCAGCAAACAGUUUCGUAUUUUGUAUGAAAUGGGAUUCAAAAAGGAGGACAUCGAACAGGCUCUUCGUACGGCGAAUAUGAGCUUAGAGGAAGCAAUGGAAAUGUUGCAGCGCAACAAUGGAAACAAUAUGGCUGACUGCAGACGUCAUGAUGACCAUCCAGGUAGCUUUGAGCCACCAUUCUCUGGUGGUCGCUAUCCAGGCAGUGGAGGUGGUCCAUCGCUGCAGUUUCCGCAGAACGCACAAAACGGACCAAACAAUAUGCCCGGUGGUAUGGGUGGCGGUAAUCCGAAUCUUUCUGGUUUGAACAACAUUUACAAGCCGCUGCAGAGUUACUUGAACCAAGCGCCACCAUCCGGACCGGGUCCAUUCAAUCAAGGAGGUCCGAACGGAUCCAGUGGUGGCGGUGGUGGUGGUGGAGGUGUCGGUGGUGGUAUUGGCGGUGGUGCUGGCAGUGGAGGCGUAGGCGGCGUCGGAAGCGUGCUGGGCGGUGGUGGAGCAGGUCAGAACUCGUCCGCUCAACCAUCUACCCAACAGUUGCGCAUGCUGGUACAACAGAUCCAGAUGGCAGUUCAGGCUGGUUAUCUCAACCAUCAGAUCCUCAAUCAACCCUUAGCCCCGCAAACGUUGUUCCUAUUGAAUCAGUUGCUGAAUAACAUUAAGCAACUCCAAGUAACUCAAAAUAGCCUGCAGCGUGGCGGUGCGGGUGGCAACAACCAGAUGUCGAUGAUUCCUAAAAUUAAACAGCAGAUUGCCGGAUUGCAGAAUCAAAUUGCCACUCAACAGGCUAUUUAUGUGAAACAGCAACAACAGCAGCAACAGCAUUCUGGACAUCAUUCUGGAAAUAGCUCCAAUAUUGCUCACUUGGGAGGUAACUUCCAUCGGGAGCAGCAGAACGAUUUAACAACCCUUCAAAAUAGUCUGUCAGAGAUGGGAUUGGGUAAAGAGCAAUCUGGUCCGUACCAUCACGGACAUGGUGGAGGGGGUAGUGGCAGUGGUGGUGGUGGUGCUGGAGGCGGAGGUAAUGCAGGUGGUUCGACAAGUCAGCAAUCUCGUCUUAACCAGUGGAAGCUACCGGCCAUGGAAAAAGAUAUUGGGCAUGAUUUGACCGAUUUUUCGCGUGCUCCUGGGACUACGGCCAAAUCCACACUUUCAACUGCUGGAUCCGCUAUGACUGGGCUGGGUGGACUGCAGGGUGACAAUACCUGGUCAACUGGACGUGGCAGCAUCACCGAUGGUUGGCCAGAUUCCGCUGGGGAGGCUACCAAUAAAGAUUGGCCAUCAAAUCAGGAAACCUUCACCGAUUUGGUACCCGAAUUUGAGCCAGGAAAGCCCUGGAAGGGCACUCAAAUGAAGAUAGAAGAGGAUCCAACCAUUACACCGGGUAGUAUUGCACGCAGUCCAAUUGCAUCCAUCUCGAUCGGAUCGGCAAAGGAUUCCGAUUUGUUUGCAAACAGCAGUAAACCAUCUCCGACCGAUUCCAUUAGCUUGACUUCUUCUACAUGGAGUUUCAAUCCGGGUAAUAAUAAUUUCUCGAGUUCCAUUUCGAAACUUGGUGGGAAUAAAAAUACUUGGUCUGACGCGGGUCCUACGGAUUUGUGGGGAUCUGGAUUGGGAGGAGGCAGCGGUGGGGGAAAGGCUCCUCGCGGACCGCCUCCAGGGUUGUCUGCCGGUAAGAACGCCGGUGGGUUUGGAUCUAAUGGAUGGAACCAACGUACAGGACAAGUCGGUAAUUGGCCAUCUGGUGGAGGAAGUGGAGGAGGUCCUGCAUGGUAUUCUACAUGGGUUUUGUUGAAGAAUCUCACUGCACAAAUUGAUGGUUCAACAUUGCGCACGCUAUGCAUGCAACAUGGACCGUUGCAGAAUUUCCAUCUUUAUCUGCAUCACGGAAUUGCGUUGUGCAAGUAUAUGUCUCGCGAAGAGGCAAACAAGGCUCAACAAGCACUAAACAAUUGUGUGCUGGGAAACACCACAAUCUGUGCAGAGUCACCAACGGACAGUGAGGUGCACACCAUUCUUCAACAUCUAGGCGUACCAGGAGCUAAUAAUAACAAUAACAAUAAUAUAAGUAUCAACUCUGGUAUCGGCGGAGUUGGAAACAACAAUAACAACAACUCACAACAGUGGCGUUCGGGGGGAUCGCAGCAAACGAAUGCACGAUCGGCAGCCGAUACCUGGGGAUCUGGCUGGCCUUCCUCCGGCUCCGGUGCCAAUUUGUGGACUCCCUUGGACGGGUCAACAGAACGCGGAACACCCUCCAAUUUGAACUCCUUUCUGCCGGAAAACCUACUCGGCGGUGAGCUAAAUUGAGGUUCGAGAUUCAAGUGAGUAAAACUUGUUCAUUCAUUGGUUGACGGGACACGUGUAACCUGAAAGGUAAAUCUUUGGGGCCAUCAAUGCCAACUUUACACGAACAGGUACGCAUCCGUACUAUUAGGAUAUUAGUGGUAAAAGGUGUGAUUCAGGAUCAUGUUAAACAUAGCAGGAACUACUUGACAUACAGACACACCGAUUUUUACUGUAAAACGCGUACAAUAUCAGGAAUAGAGUUUGAACGGCAGCGAUGCGGGGAAAAUGAUAUUUUGUACAAUUUUAUUUUUGCUAUCUAUUUGGAAAAUAAUGUUAGGGUAUAAGCAAUGAUGAAGCGUUUAAAACUUUAUUACCUGAUCUAAUUUGUUGUUACAAUUUUAUGUUUUUAUAUGUAUAUUUAAAUUAGUUCUUUACCAAACGAAUCUGAUCAGAUAUUUCAAUUGCAAAUAUCUGUGUAAGCUUUAAUAACAAAAAAACAGAACAAAUAUUAUCACAAUGAUAGAUUUAUUACGUUUUUAUUCAGCACCAUCGCAUUUACUCGCAAAAUAUGGUGAACACUAGAUACGAAAGCACAGGGAAUCAAAAAAACAGCGAUCUCAAAGUAAGGGGCCAACCGAAAUAGAUCAAUCAGGGCCAUCCGAAAAUGAAUAAUUACCGCGAAAUGGUCCGUGUGUGGUAAUACGAGUUGUGGUUGUGAUUUUUUUCUUGCUGGAUUCAAAUGGAUCGCCAGUCAUAGCCAGAUAGCGAGAUAGGAAUGCUUCCCGCGAAAUGCAUGCGUAUGAUCCACAAAACUAAUGGGAUUUAGUCUGUAAGUUAGCUGUCACAUUCACACCUACCUUCAUUGUGUUUAUAGAAAUACAUAUCAACUUACGGACGUCCGGGAUUUGGUAAUUCUGUUCCAUACCGUACCUACCAUUACAAUGCUUGUCGCUCACCGAAGUGAGCGCUAGUUUGAGUUUGCAAAUUUGUUGACAAUUUGUUAUUCAUUUAAUUUUGUUACUUUUAGUUUUCAUUCAGUGCAAAUUGCAUUCCAAUCAACUGUGAGUCGUUAUUUUUAUUUAGUACCAUCCUUAAUAAUAUCGCAUCGGAUUGAGAUGAAAAACUUGUACAUUUGCAACAAAUAGCUACUUACUAAUAUUGAUAAUCCGUAAGCAAUAUAAUCGAAACAUACAAAACAAAACUAGCGGUAAGCUAUGAAAGAUAAGGACAAAAUGUUAUUUAUUUUUCUAAUAUAAAUGAUAAAAUUAAACAAAAAAAAAAUUAAUCGAGAAAUCAUUGGCCAAAUAUGUGAUAAUGCGCUUGGUUGAAAACCAAUCACUCAAACAGCCUUUAGUGUUUAAAUAAAUAUAUAUUGAUUAGAGCAGGAAAAAGUGCAGCAUUGUUUUCGUUUGUUUUACCUCUCUCUAUACACAUUAGAAAGUGACUAAUCGAAGCAUUAAUUUUUACAAUCUUUCUCUAAACAUAUUUAAAAAACAUAACUGGGUAGACACCAGAAGCAGCUAGCAGUAAGUAAACUAAUAAUAAAUAGUAAUGAAGGUGAAUCAAAAGUAUAUAUAUAUUUUUAUUGAACAUAAUCGUAAAUGCGUGUUAGCGUUAAGAACAUUCAAAUGGGAAUUAUAUAAGUAUUUAUCAAAUUAGCCUCUAAGAUGUCGAAGAGUUUAGCGGUAGGCGACUAGCCAAAGUGAGAUUAACACAGUUGUCUUGCGAGAUACUUGUAACAUAUAUACAAAAAGAAGGUAAGCAGUUAAUUCACUUUAACAGAUGAGAAUUCUUAGCCCGUAAGCAAAUAACACAAAUAUUUAUAUACACAAACUACAAUAAAUGGAACUAUUUAAAAUCUCCAGACUAUAUAGGAACUUUUUCAGUGUUUUAGAAGUUAGACGAUAGUGUGGAAUCAUUGUAAGAACACAAACAUAUUUCACCAGGGAAACUAAAUACCAUCAACCAGUAUAAACUUAGCAACAUUAGCAGAUGAGAAGGGGCAAUGUCGAUACAAUUAACACGUCACUAGGGUGAAAUGUUUCCCCAGGAGGGCGUUGUUUUGUUUUUUAAAUAGCAAACUUAGGAAGGAUAACAUUUUAUACAUCCUAGAUGAUGGGUUAGGGGAAGUCAUGACAAUAUUCAACAACAAAUAAUUUUAAACGUCGGCGAAAAAGUUGCCCAUUUCCAUGUGAAGAGCAAAAAACAAAAACAAAUUUCAAAUGAUGAACCCAGUCAACAUACAAUCCCUUCAGAAACUCCGUGGAUCAAACUAAAUAUGUAGCAGACAAACAAGCACUGCGUAGACUCGAUAAGCGGAUUGACUGAACUCUUUAACAUUUUGUCUCUUUGUAGUACCCGGUGUAGUAUUGAACGUACAGUAGCUGUUACCCUGGGAAAAUCAAACAAUUUACAUUCGAUUAGAGAGAAUGAGAGAGAUAGGAGACAGUAGAUCUGAUACCUAAGCUACCUGACGGUGAUCAAGCAAAAAGCAAAUCAAUUUCUCGUUGUUUGGUACCAACUUCUAGUAGACGAAAAAAGACUUUGAAUCGGUGGACCACGAUGUAGGGAAAAAGGUGCAGUGCUGUCGGUAGCAAACGUUCAAAAUUCUAGUCAUUGUUCUUGUAGUGUUCCCCCUUUGCAUACCCUGUGCGGUACCUAAAAAGUCAUACACAGCUGACUGUCGUCUCUGGUUAAGCAGUUGAAACGAAUUCGUUUGUUUUUCAUUUACCAAAAAACCUUCCAUAUCAAACAGAAUUCAAAUUAGUUUAAAAUCGAAAUGUUCUCUUUUUCUCUAUCGUGGUGCAUUCGUUCAUUUUUUGUGAUCUAUAUUUGAGUAAGUUUAUACAGUUAAAAACAAAAAUGCUUGAAAACAGAGUACAUUUAGCUUCGGAGGCAUUGAUUUGGAAAGUUCAAUAGAAGAAUAAGCGAAGGGAGUUCCAAUACUAAGCCAACAAUAAGUAAAGGAAGAAGAAUAAUCCAAGGUGCUCUCGCAAGGAUAUUAUCGAAAUAUUUUAAUACUAAACCAGAUCAACGCUGAAUGAUUACUUACACCUACCAUAUAGUCUAAGUAAUUGUGUCUCAUCUGCUACGUCAAAUAAACAUACCACAUUUAGUCAUUUGGUGUAGAGUGAUUAUAACAAAAUCAAAGUCGAAUUUGUGUGCUAACCCAAUCUUAUUCUAGCGUCAAUCACGUCGGUAUUAAAGACGAAAAAAAGAAAACAGAUUGUAGAGACUCGACCAAAAUUCAAACCUAAAUUAAAUUGUCCAAAUUUUAUAAAUUAUUUGCCCAGCCAUAAAUUUGUGUCUCAUAAUAUCGGAAUGUUUUUGGUAACCAAAAAAAUGAAAAUUCGACCAGUUUAGUGGAACAAAAACAAACUAUUAUUUAAGGAAUAAAUUUAAAAUAUGUACAUGGUGCAGGUUUGUUAGUCAGAUAGGUUUCUCCCUAAUAUAGAAAAAAAGCACACUUCCAGAAGACUUGAGAGUGAUUAUUUUUAUUAAUUGUUGGAUUAUUAGCUUCGCGUUUGUUCCAUUAGUUUUAUAUUCACUGAAAUUCAGAACCGUACUAUUGUCCCACUGAUUUAGUUGAUUUUGUUAGUGUAUAUGUAUUUUUAUCAUUCAGCAGAUGUAAUCGUAUUAUUUAUAACUUUUAUUAUUCCCUGCCUUGUUGAUGUAUUAUCGCUUACCAGAAACGACCCGCAAUCGUCGUGCGUUCAUGAAACAAAGACUAUUGUUGAAAUGUAAAUAAGGAUAUAUCGAAUUAGUUCAUUUAUCGCUUGUGUGUUCUGUUGGACUCUACUGUAGAAGGUUCGGACAUUUUUCCAUAACUUUUGUGAACUGUGACGCGUUUAGGCUUCUACGUUUUCCUUUAUUGGAAUCGAUGCACGUUUUUGAUACCUAGCAAUUAUUUCGGUUCCUUUUUCAAAAUAUUCCUCCAAUCUUAAAUUAAAUUGAACUGUGAACGUUUUUGCUUGACACUGCCUUGUGCUACGAUAUUCCUAUUCCUUGGGUCAGAAAAAUGCAUCUUCUAGCGGAUUUUCAUCUGGAUCCGACUCCAACUCAUCAAUUGGUAACCUGCCUCGUGGGAAGAAAACUGUCAAUACUAGAUGGGGUGUUAUCCUGUCAGCUUAUUCCAGAAGCACGCCAUCUUAUCUAUUCUUAUGUUAGGAGUAAUAAAGUUUCUAGUGUUUAACGUUGAGAUUUUUGCUGACAAAAUUGGCAUAAAGAUGACAGAUUUUCUUAAGUCGCAUGCGUUACAGAGUAAGGCUGAGUGAAAAUAUUUCCUUUAUGAAUGCAGGAAUAAACUUUGAUAUCAAUGUUGCGAUGAAAUACCCCCUGUAUGUGGCUUAGACCUUUGAAUUUGUAUAACAAAUACUUUAAUUUCUAAUCUGAGCUAAUCUGCUAAUUCAUCUAGUCCCCUCCUGUCUAGUGUCACAGAACACACGAAAUCGAACAACCUUCUAUGGAUAGAAGCUAGGCAAAUAAUCAAAUAUCGAUUCCUCCUUAAUUUUACUGCAAAACAUAAAUGUAGUAUCAAAUCUCUAUAAGUGUGUUGAAUCUACGUUGAAACGACUCUGUAAGGUGUUGUAAAUAGUUUGCCGAUAGGUAAAUACAUAGUCAGUAAGACACCCCUCCUCUCCGAGAAAAAGGAGAAUUUAAAAUGAAUUUCACCCAUCACAACGAAUGAUACUACUUAUAAGCAUUACUAAAUUGAGCAACAACAAACACCCAUACCUGCAAAUAAGGAAUAAUGAUAACCGACAAAAAAGCAAACAAUGCCAGCUAUAACAAGCCGAAUAUCGGUGUUCCUGGUGCAGAACCGGCCUCUCCUAAUGUAAUGAAGAAAUAAAAAAAAGUCAAACCAAAGAAUUUGUGAAGAGAAUCAAACUCACUAAAUUGCAUAUUUUAGAUAUAUUGUGUACUUGUCGUGCCUAGAUCCCAAAAAAAAAGAAGGUAAAUCACAAAUACAAAUGAAAUUAAACCGGCACAUUUAACUAAUUGAUGGAAGAAAAUAAGACAGUAUACCUACAUAUCACGCAUGCCAUUUCAUUUGUUUUCCUGUUCAGUAUUUAAGUUGUAAAUCCAACUGGCAGACACUUACUCCAAAAUGCAUUUGUUUUCAAGCUUCCCACAUUACCAAAAAAAAACACAAGUUAAGUAAUUCAAAUAAGUACACUACCGUGUACCGAUGACGAGUCUUCUAUAGUUUGUAUGUUUAUUUAUUGUUUCUGUUUUUGGCCUAGCGACAUACAUGCGAGAGUAUGUGCACUUCAAACUCCCUUUUCCGGAGUGUUACAAAGUUUCUUUGAGAUAUCUAGCUCCCAGGUUCCGACUAGUAAAAUAACCCCCAUGCGGUGGCUGUGAAACGUCCUCGUCUCACCAAUCUUUCACGUAUAGAGUAAUAGGUCAUAAGCAUAAUUAAUAUUAGUAAUGACACACUGAUACACAUCCACACCAUACGAACGCAAACAACAUUAUUCGUCGAUAAGUUUAGCUUUAAAUCAGUUAGUUCAUCCCCCUCGGUCCGCGAGGAAUCAUUGCACAAUGCGUUGAACAUCUCGGCUCUGGAGAUUUUUGCAAGGCGAAAACAUUUUUCUGUGAUCACAUCUUCCUUCUGACUAAAUUGAUAUAUUAAUAUAUUAUUACUACACAGGAGACAACAGAUCCAAUUACAUAAGCGCACUUGAAUUACUUUGUUUAUAUACUCUUUUUCGGUAUAAGGUAAAAUGUAUAGGUAAGGAUUUAUCAUUCGCUACGAGCUUUGUGUUUAUCGAAGAAAACAAGAUGACAUGAAUGAAAAGAAUAUAGUAAUCGAUCAUUUGAUAAAUAGUAAUCGUUCAGAAGUGUACACCGAACAGGGCAGUGUUUGGGUUUUACGAUGUCGAAUCGCGCCAAUCGACCGAUAGUAGAACGUCUGCCGAUGGCAUUAGGCUCCCUUUACUUUGGAUCUACCUAUGUGGAUGAGUGCUUAUAAACUAUAUAAAAUUUAUAUAACGAAAAACUGUUCCACACAACAGAUCAAAGAAACUCAAAAUAGAAACCAUAUUCAGACCGAAUUGAUUUAGUUUCAAUUAAUUCCACAGAUUUAGAAAGGAGUUUGCUAUCGUCAUGUCAUAGCUAAAUUAAAUUUUAUGGGAUCGGGGAAAUUCAGAUUGACCUUAGGUUUUGUACACUGUAAACUUCACAUCAUAAAUACAAUCACGAUCGUACUCAAGCAAUCGUAGGCGCUUUGUAACCUCGAUUCUGUCGUCGCCGAAUCCUAAGCUUCCGUGGCUUUUUGUUAACUAUCGAAGUCUCUUUUUUGAGCCUCCGGUAAACCCAAGAAAGGAUUCUCAUCACAUGCAUCGUCUAUUGGCCCCAUGACCCUUUUAUUGUCGACCACCCUUAACCACAUCUGAUGUGCCAUAAUGGUAACGCUUGCAAUUGCAACCUAAAAAAGUAAUGUGUGAAUAAGUUGCAAUGAACGUUUAUUUUGAUUACAUUUAUGUAUUUUAAGGAAUGUCAGUUUAUUCAAAGGCUCCCUUUUAGUAAUCGGGGUAGGUGCACAGUGUUGUUUGAGUAACGCUGGUCCUGCUUUCAAAAGUCAGGUAGGAAGGGAUAGGCUGUCACAGCCGCAUUUUCAUCAACCAAUUGCGGAUGUAGUAUAUUUUUAACAUAUUUGAUGUAGUGAUCUUCCCAGUUAGUUAUUCAGAGGUUUUUUUUGUCGGGUAAGACUACCAUUGGGGAAUUUAUUUUACUAUCGGCUGGGCAGGUAGACAUUGGCAUGGCGAUAACCUCAUCCACCACUGAAUGAAAACUAGAUUCUUUACUAUAUAGGACACACUUUGUGUUUCAAAUAAUUUCAACAAGCCCUCUUCUACCUUGUGUCGCUUCACGGAAUUCGUAAACCAUGAGUUACCUGCGAACAUAUAAUACAUGGGUUCCCGGAGGAUAAAUACUUAGUUUACUUUUAUUGUAUUUUGAUUCCUAGAGAUCACAAUUUUUCCUUCAAAUAUGCAGUAAAUUAUGUGACAGUUUAAUUUAAGAAGUGCCUGAUAAUUUUUCUGAAGGAAGUACUUUGCUAGAAUGUCUAAAAUAUAUUAUAACUGGUCAAAACAUGAUGGUUUAAAUUAGAAUACAAACACUAUUUUAUCUGAUUAGAUGAACAACAUGAAUGUAAUUUCAGUUUAAAAUUUUACUUCCUCCGAUAAAAUUAACAAAUGAUCUUCAAUUUGAACAUUGUAAGUAGAGAUUUGUCCAUAACUCGCGUUCAGUAUUUUUGACCGCUUGGCUCUUAUCGACAGGGCGGUGCUUCUACCAGGAUGGUCCAUGGUCGCAUGGUCCAUCAUGCUUCGUUCUCCUUGGCGCUUAACUGUGAAGAAGAGUUUGGCUAGUUCGAUUAAUCCUCCACAGUGAAAACGUCCAACCAUGAAGCCAACAUGGCCUUGUCAUAAAGAUAUUGCAAUGAGCUUUAAGAACCAACCAGCUUGAACUACUUCGGGACAGUACUCAAUUAAGUCAUUCCACGGUAGUUAUUGACGCCGCAGUUAUUGUACAUUUAAUAUUUCUAGGAAUAAGCCACUGACACCAAAACGUUGUCAUUUUUCAGAAGACAUUGAAGAAAUCUGCUGGGUCUAGGGUUGAAAAACGAUUUAAACCAACUAAUUAUCGUUUCAUCAACAACGAAAGCGCGCCCAGAGUUUGGUCCACGAUCGGAACUGGUUUGAUUUGUUUACGUUGCGACCAGAAUGAACCAAGCGAAGACUCAUCACAUUUUUUUUCUUUUGGCUUUGAGGAGAAAAACCAGAACAAAUCAAGCAUUUUCCUCGAUGUCCCAGGAUACCAGGAUAGUCAAAUAAAAACCAGGACAUAUCCUGGGAACCCAGGACAUCUCACAGUGUUGCUUAGCCGGACAAAACCUCAAGAUUUUAUUUUGGAUUUUUCAUGAUUUAAAAUUUUGGUCUGUUUGUAAACAGGUUAAAUAGAGUCUUCUCAAAAUAAAAAGCCAUAAGGACGAAAGAUACAUUUUUUUUACAGAAAAGUGAAAUAGAUCAUCAAUUCUGGACAAAACUGCAUUCAAACCUGUGUUAUUCAAAUUAGUAUAUAUUUAUAGUUAAAGUUCCGAUUGGGGUCCAAGUGGUUUCAUUUGAAAAACUUUAUUUGCUGGACUGGCUUGCCAUUUGAUUUAGUCGAUUUUUUUUUUCUUGCUCAGACAUGAAGAACAAAUAGUAAAAUGUGAAUUAAAUUAAAUUAUAACGUUCAAAGUGGCUACUUUUUCUUAAAAUAGUUUGGAAAGAUCGCUCGUAGUUGAUCCCACUUGAUAACUGAAAUGGUAUGAAAAAUGGUGAUGUUUCAUGAUAUGUUUGAAGGAGGUGCAUGGUAGUGUUUGAAUACCCAGCGUUCGUAAUAUAAUUUAUAAAUGUCGGUCAGCAUUAUCAACAAUUUUUUUAUAUUCGUAAAUUUUCGACCCACCCUAAAUGCAAAAAUUUCGAGGGUGAAAAAAAUAAAUAAAACAUUAACAUCAAAUAUGACUUCAGAACCACAAAAUUACCCCAAUGUAAAGUUUUCAUCAAAUUCGAGCCACUAUUGAGGUUUUGAGGUGGCUUUUGAAUGCAAGGUGAUUACUGUACGUCUGGGCAGGGGGGCCUUGCAGUUCAAUACAGGUAUACCUCGAUAGUACGUACCCUCGAUAGUCCGUACAUUUUGCCUCGAUAGUACCUGCCAUCAAUUUUUUUCCCCUUUGAUUUUGUAAGCUUCAACGAAGUAGGACAACUUUUAUGGAAAUUCUAUGGGUUUAUGCAUACUUUAGAGAGGUUUGGUGCUACUCACAGUAGUUCUAUAUAGUCCAGUAAAGUAUUUCAAACUUUAAGUAAGUCAUAAAUUCAUUGUAGGAAUCAAACAAGUAUAAAUAAAUCUGCAAGCUUUAGAGACGCCCUACAAGAUCCAGGAAUGUCUUAUAUUUUGGGAGACUGCUGACUUACAAGGAGAUCUUUUAUUCUUCAGAUAAUUUAUACGACACUCAUUAGUUAUAGUUUGGUUUUGUCAAAAUUCAGAGUAUCUCAAUGAACUUUAAGGAUGAUCUUCGAAGAUCAUAUGGAAUUUCAGUAAUACUUAAAACUUUCUAUACUAACAAUUUCUAUAGAAAAUGGAGUGUUCACGAUUUUCACACAUAUUUUACCAACCUCGGGAAAUUCUGCGACCUGAACAUUUAGAAACAGGACAUCUCACAGUUUCAGUAGGUUUUGUUAACGGCUAUUGGUGCUUCAGUCAAGCUGCUUCAAGGAAAUCCUACGAUAUUAAGUAGAAUCUUAAGAAGCUCUGGAAAGUUCGCGAAGUUUCAAGAAUAUUCCAAGGAUUUAGGCGUCUGCACAUUUUAUAAAAUUCUAUCAAACUUAAAAAAAUGCCAAGUGCAUUUCAUGAAACUCACAAUUAGUUUCAACGAAGUACUUCGAAAAUCUUACAAAAUUAAAAAAGUAACGAAUAUCAAAAAGCCUCUUCAAGCUUUAGGUACGGCAUGUCCCAAGUCUUACUAACUUUAAGGAAAAUUGCAAAAAUUCGAGACAUUUUUCGAACAUCAAAAAAGAUUUUAGGCAAUUUUGAAGGUUAAUAUCUAGAGCGGUGAUAAAACGAUUUUUGAUGUACGAUCUGCAAACAUUAUGUACAUAAAAUUUGAGUGCUGAGCCCCAUACAUUCUAGGAGAUACAAUGUUUAGAAUGGAAUGGGCGAGAUUCGCAAGACUAGCGACUUCGAUGGAGGCUUAAAGAGCUGAAAAAAUACGUGUUUCCUCAACACUUCGUUUGGGGAUCUUGUGAGCGUGAUUAAAAAAUGUAUCCACCAUAUUGACGCGGUUCAAGAAAUAUUUCCUAGCUCAGUAAAAUCUAUCUUAUGUAGUCAAAAGCUGUGGUUAUUAUACCUUUUAGUUUAUAUGGCGACAAUGUUUUAAUGUAGAAUCAUAUCUCCUUUGCAAAUAUAUUUAAAUAUCCGUUUUUGGGGUUUUUAAAGUUCAUUAACGACCAAAAACUGACAGGAAUAAAAACCAAUCUGAAAUCCUGUAUGCAUCUGAGAAGAAUUAUUAUCGCGCCCACAAAACGGGAGCUUCUGUUUUUUAACCCACCGAAUUUCGGUUCGUUCCCACAGUUUGAAAAAUUGUACUGUUAUUAUUACACGAAUCAAAUAUACAAAAAACAAUUCUUUCUGCUUCAGGCAGAUCAAACAAUUAAGAAAAUCUUCAGGGAAUUUAUUUAUGAAUUUCAAGCAAGUCUUACGAAUUACAGAGAUUCAGGAUAGUUCUAGAAUUUUAAAGAAGUGCUAAAUAAAAUUCUACAAAAUUCCUAAUAAAUUUGCCGAAAUGCUCAAGACAAUGCUACCAAUUUCAAUGGAACUUACGGGACCAUGGAAAUGUUUUUGCACUCCAUUUUCAACCAUCCUGGUUGAUGGAAACCAUAACAUUAAAGAUUAAGUACUUGGUGAUAGGACAGUUUAUCACUAAUAGGGCGAUGAAUUUAGUGAUUAAUAUAAUUUUUGUGAUUAAUAUAAUUUUUGUGAUUAAUAAAAUUUUUGUGAUUAAUAUAAUUUUUGUGAUUAAUAUAAUUUUUGUAAAGUUUCAUUAAAUAUUAAACAUAUUUUGAAUUUUAUUUUUGUGAUUCGAUAGUACGUACGUUUCGAUAGUACGUACGCUAAACGAAGCGAAGGUGUACGUACUAUCGAGGUAUACCUGUAGUGCCCAGCGACCCCGAGUGGUCUUAAGACGGCCCCUAGGGGCAGAUCACUUGUGAUGCAUUUUAAAAAAUCAGCGAAAUUAAAUGCAUUUAUUUCCAUCAACAUAGAAAUUCAUAAUGUAUUUUGCGUUGCGUGCAAUGUUUUUGUGUUGCGUGCAAUGUUGUUUGCGUUGCGUGUAAGACGUCAAAAUCCUAAAGAAAAACUAGCCCUACAUUUAACAAAACGUCGAACAAAGUGGAUCAGCGUAGGACGUUUGUUAAACAAACUUUUUUGCGAGGCAGUGCAAAGCUGAUGCAAAAAUGGAAAUUAAAUGCAUUUUUUUCAAUGUGAUGCAAAUUUGUUAUACAUUCUUAGAGUGGUCUGCCCCUAGGACGGCCGUGACUCUACGCGGCUGUAAGUCGGGAAACAGUGUGGCUCCCUGUGGUGGUCUGCAUGACGCUCACGUAACGUUGACUCGGGCCAAAUCCCGAACGGCUUUCAGAGCAGUUCAGCAGCAGUGGUUGUGUUACCCUUGACGAAGUGUAACAAGAACAAUUGGUCGCGGAAGCUGCUGCUGUCCAUUGCAUUAACCCAACAUUAAAGUCAACAGGUAAACUGCUACUGGCAACAAACCAAACUUUUCAAACGCAGUCUUCACUUCGGUGGCUUUGAUGACGGCAGAUCGUAAGUUUAGACAUUUUUCAAAUAUUCAUCCAAAUCGGCACACAGUUUCUGUCCCGGUGCUACAGAGCUUGAACCAAGGUUUAUACUCCAGCUUAUCGAACUUAGCUCUGAGCUUGGCAAUGUCUUUUACGGGAGUGAAAAGCGCGAGAAUCUGCUCUUUACGUGCGACGAUUUCUACACUUCCAUUUUCUGCAUGAGAUUAUUGCUCGCAUCCAGGGUUGCCACUAUUUGUCAAACAAAAUCUGGCAGUUCAGCUGAAAAUGUCUGGCAAAAUCUGGACAGCGACCUCAAAGUCCUCUAAAUUUGGCAUACAUUUUAGUUUUCGUGCAUCAAUCGAUCUUUGUCAAAUUUGGGACAUAAUUACCCAAAUUUCCAAAAUGUGUAUGUAGCAGCUUCUAAAACUUAAAAAUCUGGCAGAAUGAAAGAUUUGUCUUUUUGUCUGGAAGCUGUCAAAACCUCUGGCUGUGCCAGAUAAAUCUGGCAUAAUGGCAUCCCUGCUAGCAUCGCGUGUGGAUGUGUCCGGCGGAUUGCGGCACUUCUUAUUUCUGGCACCACCUUCUUCGCUUGAACAAUCUUUUUCUUCGCGAGCUAAACCAACGGUUCAUUCACGGCUCGUGUAUACGAAUGAACGAGGUAGGAAACUGAGGCACACGACAGUGGAAAAAAUAACAUGUUCGAGGUGCGUGAGCAAAAGACGGCGAAUGACUGACUCAAACAGACAUGCAGUACCUCUAUUUAUUCUGGUUGCAGUUGAAAACUGUUUUGAUGGCUCUGUCCGGAAUAGACUGACUCAUGAAUGGAAGUUUUCUCGUUUUCCGAUAUCUAUUCAUUUUCGCCGGUAUUUCAAUAGUGUAUUAUUGAAAUGCAUAAACAAUAUAGCAAUAGAACAUAAUUUUAGUUAAUUCCGACUUGUUUGGUGGUAAAAGGUCGGAAAUCCAACCAUAAGUAACAGAGAUAUUAGCGUUAAAAAUAGUGAGGCAAAAACAUGGCUUCGUUUGAUUCUAGUUUUUAGAAUGACACCCAGAUUCCCCCAGAUAGUGCAGUAAGACAUUUUCAAUGUCAAAAAAUAAAGUUAAAUAAAGUUAAGUUCGAAGUGAUUUCAGUUUGAAAUCACACUUUUAUUGGUAUACCGGCAGUGUUUAUCAAGUGGAUAUUUGGUAUUCAAUUCGAACCAUCCAAUAUUGUACAGCUAUACAUUAUUUUCGGAAAUAUUUUGGCAUCGGUGUAUCCUUCGUCGAAGUUGUUGCGUCCGUCCUGAACAGCCCCCUUUCAAGAGUGGCGUCUCUGUACAGCCAGCAUCACUGCCAUGAAAAUCAAAACAAUACUUUUGAAUCGAAUCAUUAAAAGCUGUAUUUGGUUACUAAGUGCCGAUUUUCUAAAUGAUAUGGUAUCUAAUCAUCCUGCAAGAUGCAAAACGUCGCGUGGAAUGCUUCAAUAUUGUGCAUAGCGCCGAACAAAAUUCUUUGUUUUGGGCUAUAUAGUUAUAACCAUGGUGGCCAGAUAGAAUUCCUUAAUAUCGGUAGGGCCACUAAAAGUUUAUCGGUAGGCCGGGUUGUUGUCCCAAAAACGUAGUGUUGACAUAGAAUUUUAAAAUACUGAAAACACAGAUCUCAGACCAAAUCCAACCCAAAAAAUGAAUGUUGAGUAGGAUGUGUCCAAAAUCAAAAAAAAAAAAAUCGGUAGCUUUCGGUAGGGAUAACAAAAUAUCGGUAGUUUUUCCUUGGUCGUCUGUGAAUCGGUAGGGAACACCAAAAUCGGUAGGACUACCGAUAAAUCGGUAGGCUAUAACGCCCCAUACACGCUCAUCCAUAACAACUCAAAUUUGAGUAGCCAGCCACUCAAUUUCAUUAAAAGUGCACAUAGUCAAAAAUUGAGUUUUCCUCGUUUACUCAGUUUUGAGUUUGGGAUAAAAAUGUCAAAUUUGAGUACAUUUUACUCAAGAGGGAAAUACAGAAAAUAAUCAUUCCGCAUUUUUAAUAAAAUUACAAAGACAUUCAUUGGCAUUUCAAAUAUCAUUUACCUGAUCCUCCAGACCGUUGUCCAGGUGUUUGCGAUGUUCGGGAACUUAAUGCAAGGGUCGUUCUCUACAUCUAUUUCAUGCCGAUCGGCAUCUUGUAUAAAUUGCCGAAACUACAAAAACACAACUGGAAGUAAGAUUUGAAAGCAAGCAAAACUCAAUGAAACUUACCUUCUAGUUUUAUGAACGAUCAUCGGCUUUAACUUCAGGCUCUUUUUAAAAUAUAAAUCAACACCUAAUUCCGCACACUUUUUUGAGAGUAUUUUUUCACUCAGAACUUUGAAGAUUUUAUGAUUACUCAUGAAAUGAGUUAGUUCUACUCAAAUUAAAACUCAUUUUUUGACAUAUUGCUAUUACUUUUGAAAUUGAGUGCUCCGAACUCAAAUUUUGAGUAGUUUUGAAUGAGCGUGUAUAUGUAGGUAGCUGUCAAACUCCAUAUGUUGGUAUCAAGAGGGAUACAGGUGUGCACAUUUUUUCUGUGUGUGAGUGCGGUUGUCAUUUUUCUUUGAUGAAGCCGAAAAAACAAGAGGAUAUGAAGAAGAAAAGCACAAACAGUUGACGUAGCGGGCCCUUCUGUUGCCAUAAGUUUUGUUUCGGCUCGGUCAUAGUUAAUUUAAUCGGUUUUUUUCGAGGUAAAAAGUGUCCAUAAGUGUUCUAAUCGAUAGAUCCGAAGUGAAGCUCGGCCUUUUCUCACUUUUCAACGUGCGCCAAUGUUUGAUGUUUACUUCAAGGGCCCCGGCCGCCAUGCUUAAUUUUGCAAGUAUAAUACUAAUACACUCAAAAGUGUCAAAUGUUCCCACCUUUCUCUCCAUCUUGUGAUGGUAUAGGGUUACCAGGGGGCUGGUCCUGAACUAUACUCCCACACAAUCAAUUGCAAACUUUGAAGGAGUUUCUUUAUUAUAGUGGUGGUCGGGUCUUAGGGGUGUAGAAUUACAAUAGGAAAAAUGUAUAUUUUCCCAUACUUACUUCCACACAAAUUUCAAACGCAGAGCCGGAAUGCCGGAUUUUAUCAAUUGACCAGAAGUUUUACACAGUACACAAUAACACAUGAAAUCAAAAAAAAGUUUUGUUCUCGUUUGACGUGGUCAAGUUCUGCAGUGGUUCUCCCUACUGCACACAAAUCUACAGCCAACACAUUUCAGGUAGAUCCAAGUAAGCGAGAGACCUUGAACCAUUACUAAAAAAUCAUAGUGCAAUCUUUAGUAUCGUGCCAUCAAAUACCUGCGAGAUUCACGUGCAAUCUUCUGCCUAUGAUCUGGCCUGAUCUGCAGUACCCUGCAGUACCUUAUUUAAAAAUAGUUAAAUCAAAAGAAUCGAAAAUGCGUUACGCGGUUGAAUGACAACCAGGAAAACAGCAAAAACGUGGGCUCUGUUAUACUCGUGUUGUAUACAGGAACGAACUGGCUAGUUGAAUUGAAUACACAAGACAAUGAAAAGUCGUCAUCAGUGAGAUGACUCACAAACGCAAUGGUUGCAGUUUUGUUUAGGAAAAUGAUACCAGAAUACACAUUCAAACAGUACCUGCGAAUCGAAGAAUUAAAUCAAAUCGUAAGUGAGAGAAACAAUUAGUCUCAGUAUCGUCCAUGGAUGACGAAACGAGCAAGAUUACUACAAUAACGCAGCAAUUUCCGUUGUCUCAAAACGGAGCGUACUAUACAGACUAAAUGAAGAAAAACAUUACUAAACAAGGAUCCAAAGUCCUCUCUAGGGUGCGGGUAAAUAGUAGAACAAACGGGAUAAGGAUAACCCCUCCGCCAACGUAAAUGGACAUUAUACGUUAACAAAUUGCCAUAAUAUCGUUGAUUGAGAAUUUGGUGCUAAAGAAAUCUAAAGUUACGACUAAGAUUAACUUGCUUUUAAACAAAUGUAAGAAGUAUGAGAAAUAAUUAAAAAAAAUCAAUAAUUUAUAUCCCGAAGUUGAACGAAAUUCGUGGACGAAAUACAACAAUAAAUAAUAAGCUAGCAACGUAAGUAACAUUGCAAAUUCUUCUAUAGCUGUAUAACCCUAAGAAAUGUAUUAAUCGAACCUGUUUACAGAGGCUACGACGACCGCAGAAAAUGCAUGAAAUCAAACGAAGAAAACAAAUAGAGGCAAAACCACACUUAUACUUACUCUAGUUGGUAUGUGUGUGUGUUCAUUACUAGAUGAUCAAUUAGAAGACGAACCGAGUGCAGCAGGCUGUAAUGCUGCUGAAUAAACAAAAAUAAUCGAGAAUUUACUAAGACAAAAAGAGAACGCUUCUUUUUUUCUGCCUCAUUGUCGCCAACACGAAUGGCAGGUAGUGAUAGUGACGGUAUAAUUAGCAGGUGCGGUCCAUUCAAUAGCGCACACUGACGUUCGAUUGAUACGCACACAUCUCUACACGAAUCUUAAACGGCACACAAGUGUGCGUGCCAACCCGGGCAAAACAAAGAAGAAAAACUUUACUAGAGAAAGAAAAUCCACCUACAAUUUUUUAAUCAGUAUUUAUUACAAAACAAACCACAAACACACAACAAAACAUACACACAAAAUAAGCAGGAAACCGUGAACUGCUUAAGUUUAGCCUUAAUGAUUAUGACUACCAAAACAAGAAAGUGGAACACAACUACUAUUAUAUCAAAGAUAUUCAUCAGAGACGUAAACUAUAUAUAGGAAAAUGAUUAUUAGUACAAGACACUAUUAAAAAAAAGCUAUUUAUUAUAAACUAUAUGGAUAAAAAUGGGGACAACUCAUCUCAACUUUAGAACUUAUGUAGAAUAAAUGCAAUAAUACCGAGUUCAGGUGAUCAAUUUGAGUUAGAGUGAAACGAUGUAGUUAAAAGUCAGCAUAACAGCCGUGGAAAGCACGGUCAUUCGCUAGUCGAAUGAAGGCGAGAAGGGUAGCAGAAUAGUUUUACAUGUAUUACGAACGAAAUGAGAGCAGUGGAGAAGCAUCUUUAGAAGCGCAUACUUAAAAUUGACGAAAAAUAACUGUGUUUGGCAUGGUGUUCAUAACUCCUGAAGUAAUAAUAUAGCUGAUGAUUAAACAAUACACUUUUUUAAUGGUAAACAUUACUGAGAAAGGGUGAGAAUUUUUAAGCAUUAAGAUUUUAGCAAAAUUGAACAUAAAUGUAUCGUGAACACAUUCAAACAAACAUAAUAAAUGAUAGGAUAAGUACAGUGAAGAAUUUAAAACAAUUGCGAAGACGUUCCUUGACGUUAAAACGUUCAAAUGAACCAUCAAACAGUUACUUGCGUAUAACAAAGCCAACAAGAAGAUUGAAAUUCUAAAUUAUAUACAACUAAGCCAAGGCGCAGAGUCGUGUUCUUGUCAACGAUAGAAAAAUUACACAUCGUAGCAAUUGAGAUGGCCACCACCAGACGGAACAGGAAAUAAAAUAUUGAAGGCUGAGAAUGGCGCGCUGACGUCUGUUUUAAAUUGAAUACUACAGCAACAAACAAGAAAAAACCAGUAGUAAUAAUUCUGACAAGUAGUCUUAAUUGUGUUGAGGAACAUUCGUAGAAAAAUAUUACCUUAAGACUGAUUUGAACACUAAUCAAAUUGUGUACUGAAAAUUCAAAAAACAGCAGAGAAAAACUCGAUUGGCGCUGUGGAAGCGUACAUACGCGUAUGCAAUAUGCAGCGCAAUAUCACUGAUUGUUGGCCGCAUCCACAAAGUUUGUAAUUUUUAUGUUUGGGAAACAAGUGAUCCAACAGUCAAACCUAAGCAUGAAUAAUGCCGGGAGAUAAAAAUCAGCAAAAUUUACACAAACAACCAGACAAACAUUCAACAUGCAAACAAGACCUAAAUGAUAGAAUAAAUAUCAUUUAUAUAUUUGAGAUAAAAAAGAGAAAAAAGGACAACAAUACAUGUGUAAGCCAUUCUUUUACGGAGACAUCUAUAUUGGACAAGUAACUUAUUGAUGAUAUAUUUUAUAAUAAAUUGUAAUGUAUUUUAUUUAAAAAAAAAACGAAUAAGAUUAAGCAAACAUUGUACUGCGAAUGUUGCUAACCGUAACAGAUCCGAGAUCAAUAGACAUAGGACAAACAAUACAACAACAAAAAGAACUUCGAUCACAAUUCAAACCAAACUGAAUUUAGAGAAACCGGACAGCGGAUAAAAAUAACACUAAAUCAUAAGCAAAUGAUAUUGAUGUGAGAUUUUAGAAUUUCUGACACAAAACAAUGUAUUAAAAAGCAACCAAAUUGUCCAACUUAACUCCUAUUGCUUCAUGUUCCUCUUGACAACAAACCGUUUUUUCUACAUCUAAAUAUACGUGUAUUUUAUCUUCCCCCUCUUUGCGACAGAUAUUAAACAAAUGAAUCAAUCUUUUUCCACCAUAUGCUUAGAAUCUUCGCCAAAAGAGUAGCAUAGUAUAUUUCAUACGAAAGACUACAAUGUUCUGAUUCAAUGGUUGUACCUUAUAACGAUGACAACAUACAUAUAUAGACACACGCAUACACUGCUAUAUUUAACUAGGUAACACUCCUCGAGAGUUGUUUGUAAAAAUAAUUCACUCAGAUUAUAAAUGCAUUUUCCAUAACAGCAACAACAACAACAACAAAAAACUGUAGCCAAAAACUAUUACUACAGCAAACCGGAUGUAUUCUGUAUGUGUUUUAGUAAUUUCAUAAAAUAUUCCAUACACCAUUUACUGCGUAGAAAGAUGCCAACUAGACACGAAAUCACCACAAGCAAACAAUAACACAAAGAGUAAAAUAAAUGUUGAAUACAUUUAAAUGUGACCAAUCAAAAUGAAAUAACAUUGAACUAGUAGCUAAGGAAAAUCUAAGAAGAAAAAAAACAGAUGAAACGAUAUAUUUUCUUAUUUUGCCCAUCGGCAAAUAUUUGCUGCGAUUCGCUCGUGGAGCAUACUUGAAACAUACACAACGUACAUACACAUACACACAAACAAACAGAACACAAACAUUCUCAAUACAACAACGCUUUAAAAACCGAAGUAGAGCGAGCAGAUGGAAAAGACUCAAAAACCAUGAGGAACGGUCGGAAAACAUGGCUCCCCCGUUGGAAAAUUUACUAGGUUUAGGACGAAAAUCAACAACAACAACAACACAGGAAUCUGGUAAGCAACAUGUAGCUAUUUGUGCGCAAUGGGUUUACCAACAAAACAAAAAAAGGAAAACGGGCAAAAAUUCCGCUAAAUUUAUAUGGCCGGUCACAAAAUACAGCGCAAAAUGCAAAAUAAAAAAAUAAAUAAAACGAAGGAAGUAUCCAUGUGAUGUGUUAAAAAUAACUAAACAAAACUGUAUUUGUAAGUUUACAAUACUUGAGAAAAAUCAUUAUAUUGAUAAUAUUAGAUUAAAUCAAAACACAACUAUAAAGGAUAACAGUAUGAAUCAUAGUGGAUAUCUAUAAAAAUAUCAGUGUAACCGUAAUUGUAUUCGUUAAAUGAAAAUAAACAUAAAAAGACCAA